AUGGCAUCCUCCAACACCCAACCCGAAGAACCCAUCACCAUCCCCCAGGACCGGGAUGGCGUUGCCUACCUCUACGGCCACCCUCUCCUCAACUCGCUCUCUCCUCCUCUCCAUGCCGCCAUCUACAACCACCUCGGGCUGAACUGGAUUCAGAUCCCCCUCUCCAGCGUCUGCGGCACCUCCGCCACCUACCCUCCCCCGUACACACGCUCCCCGCCCAUCGACACCUUCCUGUCCUCCAUCCGCGCCAACCCCAAGUUCGUCGGCUCCUCCGUCACUAUGCCCUGGAAGGUCUCCAUCAUGCCGCACCUGGACGACCUUACCGAGGACGCCCGCCAGGCCGGCGCCUGCAACACUAUCUUCCUGCGCGACAAUGCCGACGGCUCCCGCUCCUACGUCGGCACUAACACCGACUGCAUCGGUAUCCGCGAAGCCCUCGUCCAGAACACCGUGAACGCUGCUGAACGGUUCGCUGGCAAGCCUGCCCUCGUUGUCGGUGGUGGUGGUACUGCUCGCUCCGCCAUCUACGUUAUGCGCAAGUGGCUCGGCGCCAGCAAGAUUUACAUUGUGAACCGUGAUGCUAGUGAGGUUCAGGCCAUUAUGGAGGAGGAUCAGCAGCGCAACCCGUCCGCGGAUAAGGCGCCCUUGGUUCCCGUUACGGAUCCGGAGGUCGCGAAGACGCUGGAGACUCCCGCUGCUAUUGUCUCGGGUAUUCCCAACUACCCGCCCAAGACCGAGGAAGAGAUUCGUGCCAGGAAUGUCCUGACGGCGUUGUUGGGCGCCAAGGACGAUGGCAAGCCCAAGGGCGUUAUUUUGGAGAUGUGCUACCACCCUGUUAUCUGGACGGAGAUUGCCGAGUUGGCCGAUGCCGCGGGAUGGAAGGUUAUUGUGGGCUCGGAGGCGCUGCUCUGGCAGGGUCUGGAGCAGGCCAAGCUUUGGACUGGAAAAGACGUGGUUGCUGUUCCGGGCUUGUUGGAUAUGGUCAAGGAGGUGGUGGCCAAGAAUUUGGCGGAGAGGCAGAAGGCUACUCUGUAA